CUUGGUGGGGGCAUCAAGUUUCGAGGGGAAAUUGUUGAGGGAGAGAUCCAAGCGUUUGGACGGUUCACAUUGCUCUCCUUUCGGUGAACCUCGAAGUGGAAUCCCAUAGUGAUAUUUGAUGUCAAUUCGAAUGGAUUCAGGACAAGAAGUGUGCCAACAAUAGUGCUCUUUUUUCACCCCGUGAUGAUCGACUUCACGAAUGAUUCCAGCAUCCAUCAGAGUGGAGAUUGGAAAGAUUGAUUGACCCGACCACAUUUAUCAUUUAAAUCGAGCCAUGGAGGCACAAGAAACGACAAAUUCAAUUAUGAACGAAUCAUUUCAUGUCAAUUCUUCGUCUUCUCCGACCCCUGCCUGGACCGAGGAAGCCAGUUCGUUUGACUUCGUGUUCGAGGGUGUCACCCUGUCCACGGUCACCCUGCUCGGCCUCGCCGCUAAUUUCCUGGCCAUUGUGGUCUUACUGCGGCCUCGAAUGAGAAGUUCCUUUCACACUUUACUAGUGGCCUUGGCCUUCUUCGAUGUGCUGUACCUUAUGAUGAGCCAGAUGAUCUUCGGCUUCCCCGGCCUAUCUCGCUACUACGAGAACAGGAUUUACCCGCUCAUACUACCGUUUUGCUACGGGUGCGCUCACAUUGGGCGGGUGGGAUCAGUUUAUCUGACCAUGUCAGUGACUAUAGAGAGAUAUUUCGCCAUUGUUCAUCCCUUGAGGCAUUUCCGUGGCAAGAAGGUCCUUAUUCCGAUGUCCGUGGGACUCACCACGUUGUAUAACAUUCCCAAAUUUUUCGAGCUCCGUUAUGAUUCGGAGCGACGCGAGAUCUAUCAGACUGCUAUGAGACAAAACCCAAUCUAUGUGACCUACUACAUCUUCUGGUCGAAAUUCAUCUUCGUGGAGAUCAUUCCUUACAUCUCGAUCAUCGUGCUGAAUUGGAUGGUCAUGGUGAAGAUUUAUAAAUCCACGAGCUUUCAAAAGAAGUUCCGAUAUCGGAGCACUGUCAGAAACACCACUCGAUUGCCCUUUGAAGAGAGCCCAAUUCGAAAUAAGAGCCGAUCCUCACUCUCCAAGUCACCACGAAAGGCUCUCAGACUCGGUCGGGCUCGCGAUUCGGGACGUGGCAAGUCGCAAGGAAUCAAUCCUCAAACUCAACGUUCCAAUUCCGAGUCACAUCCUAAUCACUCAAGUGUUCGGGAGGAUAGCCCUACCACAAGACAGACGCAGGAGAAGAACUUGGCAGCCGUUUUAAUUGGCAUCUCGCUCUUGUUUAUCUUUUGCCAGUCGGCCAAGAUAAUCCCGGAUCUGUAUGAGGUGAUCUACUGUCGUUGGCCUUCGGAUGAGCCAAAGGAUUGCGAGAUCACGACCUUCGUCACCACAAUGGUUUCGGUGUCACAUCUUCUGUUGGCUAUCAACUCAUCGUCUAACUUCAUUAUUUACGCAUGGAGAGGUACGAAGUUUCGUGCUGAGUUAAUGGAGCUGAUCCGUUGUACUCCUACUGGGUCCCACGAUGCCAUGGAUCAGACCCAGGUGUCCUAUCGCAAUGGGGUCGGAUCCCAUGCCAAGUUACCCAUGUCAAGCGUUUGUACAAAGUACAUUUAUACCACGGACGCUCAAUCCAGUAUUGAAGUCGAGGACGAGCCCAGCCGAAAACCCAGUUACUUGACGGUUCCCACCGACGAGGAGCAUGUGUCCAGUUCCUUGGAUGAGGAUGAUCUCGAGAUGGUGGUGAUAAUGAACAAAUCCACUCAGCGACCUUGUGCAAAAUCCAUUUAUGGUGGUCAGCGGGCACACUCAAACAUGCUAUGAAUACUGAGCGUCAUUUUGAGGCCUAACAAAGGAGAUGGAUCAAGAAGAUUUUAUUCAUCUCAAACCACACUCCCACAGAGAUCCCCGGGUCUUCUGCUUCCGGCGAAAGCCAAAGGAGAGGCACGAAAGUGUGUCAAAUAAAACAUUUAAGGAGACACCAACCCACCAACUUAUCGUUGGAUGGUGUGCGCCAAAUUGGAUGAAUCUCUUGGCGGAAUCGGGGUUGCCAAUGAGGGGUAGAUACAUGCAUUGUACACGACUUCUGAAAACGCGUGCAUCCUUGAGGUCGUUUCGGUUCUUAGACGUUGGAAAACCUUUGUACUCGUUUACUCUACCAGGAGAAAUUUCGAGGCUUCAACUUGAACUCCAUCCAGUCUAGCUUCUUAAAGAUGAGUUGCGGGUUCUACCAAUGAAUAGAACCUCUUUGACGGUGCAAAUGAUGGCAAACCCACGCGAGAGUGGCAUUGUUCAAAUGAAGAUGUAUCACGGCCCUGUCACCCGUAAAAGCAAAAGCAAAGGCCUCCCAAAAAAGACCUUGGACAUUCAAGACGUGAUCUCCUAAGAGUAGAAGAACCACCGUUACAACUUUGAAGAGGGAAAACGAGGGUGUUGUGCGAGAAAUUCUGCAGAUGGGUUGUAAUCAUGAUAGCCUUAUCCCAUGCUCUCCUGGCAUUGGAGAUACACCAGAGCCCGAGAUGAAGACAGCCCAAUCUCAAACGUGACGUCUCACGAACGAACCCUGCCCCACCACUGAACGUACAUUACAUGUCAAUCAAGGGAUGCAAAUGGCCAUGUUCCUUUCAUCAUUCUACGUUCAAGAACAUGCUCAAAAUAUUGGUAGAAGUAUUUGGUAGCACCCAUUAAUCUCAAUGCGACUAGUGCUUAGAAAAAAAAACACCGUUUUAUUAAAGUUUUAAAU